CAAAUGUUAACUUUCCUCAAGAUUAUUGGCCAUGUCGUUCUGGGCUGGUGGGUAAAAAGGUUCAAGUAAUGGGUGUGCUGGUGCUGGGCGAAAUCUUGCGUGUGACCAUCUCGAAAAUUUGACACCUCAUUGAGGCGAUCGGCCAGCAACGUAGUAAUAAUAAAAGUGGGGUUGGCCAUUGUUUGGUACGGAGUACAGUGGCUGGUAAGGUAGACAUGAUUCAGGAAGCUGCUUCUCUUCUCUGUCAUGUGUAUGUGGUACAUUUGCCGACGUGUACAGGGUAGGAGCUUUUACGGCGAUUGACUUUGUAGGUGGUUUGGGGCUAAUUGUUAGAGUUUGUCGGUCGCGCUCCUGCCAUUAAAAAAUGAUGCUUCUUCACGUCUGCGGUGGGCAUUUUUUUUUAUUCUUUUUUUUAUUCUUUCUAAGUGCUCUAUCCGCCUGUUCUACCACCUGCAUGUACCUGAUCUCAUGAGAUUUAAUGACGGCACAAGUCGCAUGUUUGGACGGCGAAAAACAAAGGCGAAAAAAAAAAAAAAAACGGCCACGCUUCAAUCUGCAGUUCGGGUGCAUACAUACCUCACCUUACCUGCCUGCUACCUACCUACUUACCUUACCUUGACUGCACCACACCCACUACUACCGAUCGAACUAUUUUCAUCCAAUUUCAUGCAAACUUCUAGGCACGAACGUCGACUCUCUGUAUCCAAAUAAGCACAUCCAUCGUCGGCUGUCAGCAAUUACCAACGUCGUACGCAAAGGAUAUAUUUAGCGUUUUUAACCUCUUGAUGGAUGCUCCACUCAAGGUAGCCCUGUCGAUCCUCGACAACCUCUUGUCGGUGUACACGCACGUGUUGCUGGGCUUCUUGGUGCUACUCUGCCUCGACGUCUACCGUGGUCGUCCGACGUUGGGCGAUGGUCAACAAGGGAUAAAAGCCGACACAGAAUUGAUCAUCGGAGAAAACAUAUUGAUUGCCCACAUGCAUCAGACGCAACAUAAGGCGAACACAGAAAAGUUACAAGCCACCGACUUUUCCGGCUUUUCGACGACGUUGCUGAAACAGUAGAUUGUAUCGGGCACCUAAACGACGUACGUACAACCCUGUUUCAUCCACACUUUUUGGUGUGUUCCUCGCCCGGCCCCACCCACUCUACCGCCCUUGGCCCCGGAUGCCGGUAUGGUACUGGGUAGUAAACUUGGGACUUGCAUAGGCGGGGUGAGGGGGGACGGUUGAAAAAGGUUCAAUUGCCCAGCUUGUGUUGACUUUGUGGAGGGACGUUGAUCUCCUGGUCAGUGUUUGAUGUUGUGUCUUUUUGGAGUUGCGCUUGCAUACAAUUGAGCGUCUUUUCCUCUCCUUUUUUUGUCUGUUUCUGCUUCUUUUCGAGCGAUACAGCACGUACAAGACCAAAACCGACACCAAAAAAAACAUGGAUUCAAAAUCUUUGGCGUCUCGCUUCAGCGAGCUCGUUAGUUUCCUCUCGUCUGCCAAGGGCGACCUCUCCAACGUCACGGGCCCCAUCAACUUCCUCGCGCCCUGCUCCGUCGUCGAGGUGGGCCAUUGCUGGGCCGAGCGACCACACAUCUUUGCCGCGCCGGCCUCGGAGGUGGACCCGGCACGCCGCGCGCUCCUCGUGCAGCGGCUCGUGCUCUCGGCGCUGCGGGCGCAGCUGUACGUGGCGGGGGCGCCGGGGACGUCGAUCAAGAAGCCGCUCAACGCGUUCCUGGGCGAGGUGUUUUGCGCCUCGUGGUCCGACGAGCAGAACAAGGCCAGCACCCGCCUCGUGGCGGAGCAGGUCUCGCACCACCCGCCCAUCACGGCCAUGCACGUGUCGUCGGGCCAAGGGGAGGGCAUGGUGCGCGCCGACGGCUACGCGCGGGUCGAGAUGACGUUCAACGGCAACGUCAACAUCCGCCAGGUCGGGCACGCCCUGGUCAGGGUCGAGCGCUACAAGGAGGACUACCUCUUCCCGCUGCCCGACGUCAAGGUCCGCGGCUUCCUGUCGGCGUGCCUGUACCCCGAGAUCGUGGGCACCUACCACAUCAUCGGGUCGUCGGGCUACAUCAGCGAGAUCAAGUUCAGCGGGGCCGGCGUGCUGAGGGGCAAGCGCAACAGCUUCGAGGCGAGGUUGUUCCACAAGGCCGACCCGAAAAAGACAAUCUUCAAGACGGCCGGCUGCUGGAGCGAGGGCUGGACCGUCAAGGACCCCAAGGGCAGGAUCGUCGAGGAGUACAACGUCGAGGCCCUCGAGAACCUCCCCGCCGCCAUGGAGCUGCCGCCCCUCGAGGAGCAGAGCCCCUGGGAGAGCCGCCGGGCCUGGAACGGCGUCAUCGCGAACCUCGGCCCCGGCGGGGACACGCGCGUCGCCGCGGCCGAGAAGGCCAAGCUGGAGCAGGCCCAGAGGCGCAUGCGGGCCGAGGAGAAGGAGCGCGGCGAGACCUGGGAGCCGCUGCUGUUUGCGAGCAGCAAGGGUGAGCACCACGACGCCUUUCACCGCCUGACCGAGGGCACCGACUGGGAGCUCUGCGACGACCGGACAAAGGGCGUCUGGAGGAUCAAGGAUGAAGUGCUGGCCAAGACCGAUAAGCCUGUCAGGGGGGAGUUGACGCCUCUUGGGUGAGGACUUGUGGACUACAUGCCUGUUGUUGCUGUGAUGUUCACUUUUUGGGGGAGGGAGGGGUUUCCUUAUUUUUUUUUUUUUCCUAAUUGGUUUGGUCUACAGCGAAGGCGUUUUGCUCUUGGGGCGUGGAACUGGGUAAAUGAUGUUUUAAUGACGGCGUGUGUAUUUUAUGUAUCAAAGGUAUCCAUCUAUAGAAAGAAGUCACGAUAAGUCUC